AUUAAUUGAGGUGUAUAAAAAACCCCUAGGCUGAGUGCCAUGAGUAUCAUACGGAGAACUGAACCCCAUCAGCCAAAAAAGGGCAAGAUCACAUUCUACGAGGACAGGAACUUCCAGGGCCGCCACUAUGAGUGCAGCAGCGACUGUGCUGACCUGAACUCCUACUUCAGCCGCUGUAACUCCGUCCGUGUGGAGAGCGGCUGCUGGAUGAUGUACGAGCGCCCCAAUUACAUGGGGUACCAGUACGUGCUGACCAAGGGAGAGUACCCCGACCACCAGCAAUGGAUGGGGUUCAAUGACUCCGUCAGAUCCUGUCGCACAUUUUCCUAUACCAGCAGCAAGCCCUAUCGAAUGAAGAUCUAUGAGAGACCCGACUUCGGAGGCCAGUCGAUGGAGUUCAGUGAUGACUGCGAGUCUGUCCACGAUCGUUUCCACAGCCGUGACAUUCACUCCUGCAACGUGAUGGACGGCUACUGGAUCAUGUAUGAGCACCCCAACUACAUGGGAAGACAGUACUUCAUGAGGCCCGGAGAGUACAGGAGAUUCAGCGACUGGGGGGCAACCUGUGCCACCAGCGGCUCUUUCAGGAGAAUCACAGAAUUUUAAACUUGUUUUAAUAAAUCAAAAUUGAUUUUUGGCGUGGCUUUCUAAUAAAGAAUAUUUAAAAUGGAA